AUGUCUGACUCCCAGACCAAGGGCUCUACGUUGUCCACCGAAAGCACCGCAAACGGUGAGAACUCGAACCCGGUGUAUAAAGAUAUAACCAAAGAACAGAAUUCCACAAACUCUUUCGCUAAACUUGUCCCUGGGCAGACUAUAGUCGAGAUCCCAGAGUAUGAGUUAGAAUGCGGCGAAACAUUGAAAAAAUUCCCCGUUGCAUACAAGACGUGGGGAAGACUAAACAACGCUAAGGAUAACGUCUUGCUAAUCUGCCAUGCCUUGACCGGCUCCUCGGAUGUUCAAGAUUGGUGGGGACCUCUCUUGGGAACCAACAAGACGUUCGAUCCUCUGAGAUUUUUCAUUAUCUGCAUCAACUUUUUGGGCUCUCCCUAUGGAUCUUGUUCCCCUGUAACCAUUGACCGUUCCACGGGCAAACCAUACGGCCCAUCAUUUCCUUUGGUUACAGUAAAGGAUGACAUUGGCAUCCAAAAGCUCAUCUUGGACUCUCUUGACGUUAAGGGCAUUGCCUGUGUAAUUGGUGGAUCAAUGGGUGGAAUGAUCGCUUUAGAGUACUCGGCCACUUACCCAGAUACAUAUGUGAAGUCCAUCAUUGCAUUGGCAACACUGGCUAGAGCCUCUGCCUGGUGUAUUUCCUGGAACGAGACACAACGUCAAUGUAUUUUCAGCGAUCCAAAUUACGACGACGGCUACUAUUUUCAAAACCCCACUGGUGUCACACCAAAAUCUGGUCUUAGUGCAGCUAGAAUGGCUGCACUUUUAACUUAUAGAUCGAGAAAUUCAUUUGAAACGAGAUUUGGUAGAAACUUACCUUCUGUGCUGAACCCUCAACAAGCCUCUACAAAGAUCCCCAAUGAAACAAUCUGGUACCCUAAGACCAAAGAUGAAGAAAACUGGUUACUCCACAACGAGGGAAAGUCUGCACUCCAAAAGACUUCUAAUUCCUCGAAUGGAUCAAGCAAGCCCCAGACUUAUUUUACUGCUCAAUCGUACCUCCGUUACCAAGGAACCAAGUUUGUAAAUAGAUUUGAUGCCAAUUGUUAUAUUUCGAUCACUCGUAAACUCGACACUCACGAUAUCACGCGAGGCAGAAUAGAUCCAGAUACCGCCGUGGAUCCAUUGCCUGAGUUCUUGCAAGGACUCACGAAGCCUCACCUUGUGGUUGGUAUCCAAUCCGAUGGGCUCUUCACUUACUCAGAACAGCAACUCUUGGGCCAAUAUAUCCCUGACUCACAGUUGAAAAAGUUAGACUCACCCGAAGGUCAUGACGCCUUCUUGUUGGAAUUCGAGAUUAUCGAUAAAUAUUGCACCGAAUUCUUGCAAACCAAAUUGCCUGGGUACUACCAAGUCCCAGAAUCUGAAUUGUUUUUGGAUUGGGAAAAAUUUGUACAUGGAGUUGAUAACGGUGGUAACUCCGUAUUUGGGGAAGCCGAGCAAAAUAUCACUAAUUGGUAA